UUAGUCCAAAGAUCGUACUGCCAGCAGUGAUGGAUAUGUGAGACCCAGCAUUAGAGACUCUAACCGAACCUCAUCGUUUAUUGCAAGCUCUGUAAGUUUUGGUUGCUGUAGCACCUGUGCUCGCAAAGGAUCAACCUGGCAAAGAUGGGAAGACAUUCCGAAUCCAUGCUGUCAAUUUGAUGAAUUCGCUUCUACCAGGCCUCGAUCAAAAUGACAUGGGAAAGUGUUUGACAACCUUCCAGAUCGUGGGAGUUUUGGUCAAUCUGAUCCCGUUGGUUGAUUGCUCUGAAGCCAUAUUCUUACGCUCAGAUUUAUCCGAAGAUGAGAAAGAGCUAUGCUAAGCAACAGCUAACUUCGACAGUAUCAUCGCCAUGUUUAUGGACAAGUUGCUCUCAAUAAUGACCGAAUAUGGCGAAGCCGCAGUGUUUACCGGUUCACACACUAACAUCAAUGCAAAGACAAGGGCGAAUAUGGAUGACCACAUUCCUGCAUUUGAAGAACCUUUCCUACGAGAAGGAACGCAAUGCUUGCUCCGAAAGGUAGCCAAUGACUUCAAUGCCCUUCACAAGGCAGAUCGUCGCUACGGCGAUCUUCUGGCAAGAAGCGUGGAAAUGAUAUUCAGAAUGGUAAAUCAUGCCAAUCAAGAUGUACGAACGUAUGCUGAAGAGUCUUUGGAUGCAGUAUUGCGGGAAGUUGUCGUGCCUAGCAUUGAACUGCUGGAUAAGAUUAUGGCCGAUCCACUCCCUUGGCUUUGGGAGUUUAUCCCCCUUAAGUUCGAUUUGGCGGCAGCCUUUCGGCCAAAAGUUGCAAGUGUGGCUGAUAUGGUUUCGAGAACAGCGUUUCCUGUUUUUGGUGAGGUCUCUCUCCCAUCCUCUUCGCUUAGAUCCAUGCUUGACGUUUCGGAGACCGGUACGGGUAUCUGCGAUGUCAACACACCGCUGUUACUACCGGAACGCUCGGCUGGUCCUUCUUCUAGUAGCCGAAGUUCGUUUCCGACUGUUGAAGACGAGGUUAUUGAUCCACUUCACGCUGAUUUGUAUGAAGAAGAUCGAAGCGUUAACUUCGAAAGUGAUCCGGCGAGACUAGAUUAG